AUGAGAAAAGCGCAAGAAAGAAAGAAGGCAGACAGCAAUAGCAGCUCGGCAUCCCCCCGAAAAAGAGGAAGGCCAGCAAGAAGCCCUGUUCUUUCUGAAGAGGAAGAAAACAUGCAGAAUAGCAUUAUAUUAAGCAGCACAGAGGAUGAGCUUAUUCUGAGCGAGACAGAGCCAGAGGUGAUGCCAAAUGAAGAGACAGAUCAAGAGAUUGAGUUGUCGCAAGAAGAAGAGCCAGAACAACCAGAAGAAGAGGAAGACGAGGAGGAAAAUAAAGCCCCAGAAAGCAAUGCACAGCCUUCUGAAGAUGAAUUCGAUGCAGAGAACCUCGAGUACUUUGAAUAUAAAAAACCAACAAGAAGGAGCGUAGCUGCACUAAUAACACCAAAAGAGCCAAAGGAGACUCCAGUCAAGAAAGCAGCAGUCAAGAAAGAGCCAGUUAAAGAGCCAGUCAAGAAAGAGCCAGCAGUCAAGAAAGGAGCAGCUAAAAAAGAGACAGCCAAGAGAAUAAAAGUGGAGGAUGAGAUGCUGGACAGAAACAUGGCAGAAAUAAAGAAAUUUAUAAGAGAGAGAAAUGAGCCACUGAAUACAGUCGAGAUAGUCAACAACUUCCAAACAGGUCCAUUUGCAAUGGGACAGACCACCAUACGUAAACUUCUUCUGAACUUAAUACAGGACAAGGAAAUCGUAGAGAAAAGAGCAGGCAUAACUGCAGUCUAUCUGCCAGUGCACUCAGAAGAGGACAACAACGAGGAAACACCAGAGCUAGACGUAAAAUUAGCAGAGGUGAAGGCGCAAAAGGAGGAGAUAGAGGCAGUGGUGAAUGCAAUGAGAAAGGAGAAAAGAGAGCUUCUUAUGUACCCAGCUGACGAGGUCAUGAAGCAGGAAUUUGAGGCAAUCUGCAAAGAGCUAAGUAUAAAGCAGGCAAGGAUCGCUGAAUUUGCAGGAAGCAAUAGAGUAAUAGACCCAGCAGAAAAAAAGAAUCUUGAAAAGAAGCUAGAGGAAAAAGUAUCUCUGAAGAAAAAGGUCAAAAAGCACUUCAAAAACAUCUUAGAUGCAGUGGCAGAGGGAGCCAAUCAAAGGCCUGCUGAUUUUUUGGAGAGUAUAGGAAUAACAAAGCCAGAGUGUUAA